ACUCCCAACAUAUCAUAUAUUAUUCCCUUUACUCCUUGGUCCUGUUCAUGUUUGUUUAGACACCAUUCCCUCUUUCAUAUCCGUUGGUACGCUUUAUAUGUAUAUAUACUUCCAACACACUCAAAGAUUGUACAUUGUGUCUUCAAACGAGAGUAUUCACGGGAGGUCGAAUACAGCAUAUGAAAAUGGCGGGUGAACCCACCAGUUCCGGGCUUGGGCGCCCAUGGAGGCUGCUAUUCAGAGGGAGGGAUACCGAGUCCACUGAUCAGGACAUCCCUACCAGCGAAAAACCGCCAAAACCGACAUGGACUAUGGGUAUUCUCAAUGACAGAGAGACUAUUGAGGUUCCUGGGUCUGUCCUGUUACUCUCCAAGGAAAGAAACGAGCCCCUUGGUCUCCGGAAUCAACCGGCUAGAACAUCUCACUCAUCUCUUCCUACCGGCAUGCUACCGGAGCCGCCAAUGUCGCCUGUCAGAGAGGAGCAGAAAAAGCUCACUUCGGACGGCCAGAUCAUCCUCGAUCCGCAACCGGACGAUUCUCAUAAUGACCCGUUAAAUUGGCCGGCUUGGCGUCGUGAUUGUGCUUUGCUCUCGCUGGGGCUUUUUUCUAUGGUGGGAGGAGGCAUUACGCCUAUUAUCGCGGCCGGAUUUACCGAUGUUGCUCAUGAUUUUAAUGUCGACAUAUCACAGGUCUCAUUAACGACAGGACUGUACAUGUUAGGUUUAGGCCUUGGCUGUGUUAUAUUCUCGCCAACGGCCAUUUUAUACGGAAAGCGGCCAGUUUACCUCUUUGGCUCUAUCCUAUUCAUCCUUUCCGCCGUGUGGUGCGCAUUGUCACCUAGUUUCACCUCUCUCAUUCUUGCCCGCAUUUUCCAAGGCAUCGCAGUCAGUCCCGUAGAAUGUCUCCCCUCUGCUACUAUUGCCGAGAUUUUUUUCCUGCAUGAGCGAGCCUUUCGAAUCGGUAUAUACACGCUGUUGUUGCUCGGCGGAAAGAAUCUCGUGCCGCUUGUUAGUGCUGUCAUUAUUAACGCUCUUGACUGGCGCUGGGUAUUUUGGAUUGUUGCUAUCGUUGUCGGUUUCUGCGGUAUUCUCCUGUUUCUCUUCGUUCCUGAGACUUUCUGGGAUCGAACGCCUAUUCCGAAAUCACAACGCCGAGUCGUCAAGAGACCAAGCUUUUUCAGCAGAAGGUCAUCCGCCAGACAUGCUGUGCCCAGGGUAUCCGAGACAGCCGGCGUAAAUACUACACUUACCGAGAAGCCUACUCAUGAAACUAGUGAUUUUAAGCCUGCGGAAGAGAAGCAGCAUAUGGAGCGGCCGGGGCAGCAGCGUCAUGUCGGCUUCGCCCCUGAGGCGGAAGAGCAUCCAACUUCAGAGGCAAGACUAGGAGACCACGAUGCACCCUCACCAACCGGAGGGGCUAUGCACUCGGCCUUACCAUCACAAGAUAAUGAGACAUUAGCAGAUGCUACAAAGUCUGCAAUCAACUUACAAGGAGAGGAUAGGUUGCGAUCCAGCUCUUCUCGCCCUCCAAGUGAGCGGGCAAUGUCACAUCACAGUAUCUAUUCGCCGAAGAACAUCACCCCCGCGGGCAGUCAUUUGCACUCACCUAAUUUGCACGACGUUAACUCAGCCUUGAGUGACCAUCUGUCUACCACCAACUCUCAGCGAGACCCAGAAGCGCAACGUCCCGCGCCUCAUCGCCUCGUUUCGGACACAGAUAGCGAAAGGAUGUCAUUCUCCAAUCUCAAUGCGGCGACGAUGGGACAAGUGUACACUCACAGACUACGAGAAGCACCACGUCAAUCGUUCAAGUCGCAGCUCAGGAUCUUCCACGGCCGCAUCAACCAAGAUAAAUGGUGGAAGGCCGCCGUUCGACCUUUUAUUCUAUACUCGUAUCCUGCCGUUCUCUGGUCCUCGGCCGUCUACGCUUGCUCCGUAGGCUGGUUGAUCGUCAUCUCCGAGUGCGUCGCCGUCAUCUACCGAGAAGGAUACUACGAGUUCGACGCGCUACAGACCGGCCUUGUCUACAUCGCCCCGUUCGUCGGCGGCGUCCUGGGCACGGGCGUGGCGGGCCGGGUCAGUGAUAUCAUCGUUAAGGCCAUGGCUCGGCGCAACGGCGGUCUCUACGAGCCUGAGUUCAGACUCGUCAUGGCCAUUCCCAUCACCAUCACCACCGUCAUCGGGCUGAUCGGAUUCGGAUGGUCCGCACAAGCCGAGGAUCCGUGGAUCGUGCCCACCGUCUUCUUCGGCGUCGUGUCCUUUGGGUGCUCACUGGGGUCCACGACGGCGAUUACGUUCUGCGUCGAUAGUUACCGACAAUAUGCGGGCGAGGCGCUCGUCACGCUCAAUUUCAGCAAGAACGUCCUGCACGGGCUCGUCUUCAGCUUCUUCGUGACCGGAUGGCUCAAGGACGACGGCUCCAAGUCUGUCUUUGUCUGGAUCGGCGUCAUCCAGCUCAUUGUCCUGCUCUCGACUAUCCCCAUGUAUAUAUAUGGCAAGAGAGCGCGCAUGUGGACCGUGAGGAUGAACUUCAUGGAGAAGUUUUAGCAUGUUUUUAUGCACCCGUAGCGUUUGGAAAGGAGAUGGCGAAUAGGAACGAAUGGUUUUAGAUGCCGGGGCUAUUAGCGUGGGAUUUUACGAUUGGGAAAUUCUGUUUGUUUUAUGGUAGAUUCGACUAUUUUGAUCAUGGCGUAAGGCGUUCAAGGCAAUUGGGUAUACAUACCAAUGAAUGCAAUGAAUGGACGACUCUGUCUUAUUCCUCUAUCCCCGAGGGUACCGGUGAUAUC